AUGCAGCUCUCCAAUAUGAUGGCGAAGGAGGGCCAUGCUGGUGCAUGCAUCGUCACAAAUCCAGUCGUGCCCUCCAAGCUUGACACGACCACCACCACCGCACCAACCACAACCACCCGUAUGACCUCAGCCCAUGAGCAGACCCUAGAGCAAACCCUGCAAGGCACCUACAUCGACACAAUCGCCUCCGUCUCCGAACCCGUUUCCUCAUCAACAGACAUUCACCACCUCAUCACCCUUCUGACCCUCGCCUACAACGUCCGCACCCCGUCCCCAACCCAGCAAGAUCGUCUCGCAACCCUCAUGCGCACCCUCUCCAGCGACCGCCUCUCCCACGUCCACACCCCCGCCUACCCGCACGGCUUCUCCCGCGAAGAGGUCACCCACGCCUUCGCCCGCCUCCUCUCGCCCGUCCUCAACGGCCUGACUGGCCUCGUCGAGUUUGAGCACGCCGUCAACGCCGAGGACGACGCCGUCUCCUUCCGCCAGUUCUGGACCCUCGACGACCGCAACCUCCUCGCUGACGCCGUCGCGGGCACGAGUCCACCCGUGGCUGCCAGCGCCACGGCCGUGCCGCCCGAGUUCCUCGAGACCUUCGUCGGCGACAAGACGGCGCACAGGAUCGCCCUGACGAGGAAUCGCGGCAUGCUCGCACUCGUUCCGGGCUGUGUGGGCGCCGAGGAUGAGAUCUGGUCCGUGAGCGAGCUGAGUGCGCCAGUCAUCUUGAGGAAAGAGGCGGGUGAGGGAGAGCCGGCUGUCGUGGAGGGGUAUAUCCACGGCUUUUGUGAUGGGGACGUCGAGAGGGGUGGCGAGGAGGAGAGGUAUAGGGACGUCGACCUGCCGCUGUCGUCUGUGGCGGUGGGGCUCGCGGGAAGCAUUCCAUGCUGA